AUAAGAAGAAGACAACCCAAGAAUAUGUGAAGGAAAAAGAAGCAAAGAGAUCAAUCAGCUCCAAUGGAUCACGAAAAGACCACAGUUUGUGUUCUUGAUGCGUCAACCUAUGUGGGUUUUUGGAUUCUCAAAGGAUUAUUGAGCAGAGGGUAUAGAGUUCAUGCAGCUAUCCAAAAACAGGGGGAGACAGAGAUACAGAAGAUAAUCAGGAACAUGGAAAGAGUGGAGGAGAGAUUGGAGGUGUUUUCUGUAGAUGUUUUGGAUUAUCAUAGCAUUCUUGUAGCUUUGAAGGGGUGCUCUGCUUUGUUCUGCUGUUUGGAUGGUUCAUCAGAUGGAUACGAUGAUAAAAGUGUGGAUUUGGAGGUGAGAGGAGCAAUCAAUGUAGUGGAAGCAUGUGCUCAAACAGAGAAUGUUGAGAAGAUUGUGUUCACUUCUUCUUUAACUGCAGCAAUUUGGAGAGAGAACAUUUGUGCAGACGAGGAUGUAGAUGAGAGGUCAUGGAGUGAUCAACAAUUCUGCAGGAAAAUGAAGUUGUGGUAUGCCCUAGCAAAGACACAGUCGGAGCAGGCUGCAUGGGCUCUAGCCAUGGAUCGCGUGCUCAACAUGGUUUCCAUAAAUGCUGGACUGGUGGUUGGACCCUCUGUCACUCAACACAAUCCCGUCUCAACAAUGUCAUAUCUUCAAGGAGCGGCUCAAAUGUAUGAAAAUGGAGUCUUGGCGUUCGUUGAUGUGAGCUUUCUAGUCGACGUUCAUAUUCGUGCCUUUGAGGAUCACUCCACAUGCGGCCGCUAUUUCUGCUUCGAUCGGACUGUUCACACUGAAGAUGAAGCUCUUAAACUUGCUCAAACCUUAACCCCUUUAAUCUCCUUACCACCUAGGUAUGAAUGCCAAGGAAGUGAGGUUUAUGCUGAGAGGUUGACGACCAAGAAGUUGAACAAGCUUAUAGAGGGCACCGCUUGUUAGUGAUCAAUUCUUCUUGUGUUUUUGGUGGAUGUAUAUAAAUAUAGUGGUUCAAUUGAGAAUUAUUGGACUCAAACUAAUUAAGUUCUGUUUUUCC